AUGACGAGCGGACGUGCUUGUUGCUGCUCCCAAAUUUUUGGGCUUUUAAUACUGUUGGUUAUCUGUAUUUUACAAAAUGUUGAAUACAGCGACUACUGUAACCUUAUUGACCAUCCUGGCUUGGUUAACAUAUCAUUUCAUCAAACGGGAAAGCAAUUAUGGAACUCUAAGUUACUGCCAUAUAAUCAAAAUCGCGUGUUUACUACAACCAAGGUCAAAAGAUCGAAAGGUACCAUAGUUUAUUACAGGAAUUCAACUUCAACUUUUAGACCGAUCCUGCAGCUUCUCCAUGACAUCGAGCUUAAUCCAGGACCUAACAAUUAUUCGACUAGCGAUUCAAGAACGACUAAGAAUAAUGUAAAGAUUGCACAUCUCAAUGUACGCUCAUUAAAAUGCAGAGAACAUUAUGUGCUUGUAAAAGAAACCAUCCUCGCUAAUAAGUUCGAUAUAUUUACAAUAUCAGAAACAUGGCUUGAUAAUUCUGUUACAGACGUUGAACUCGAAGUCCCUGGCUACAAACUUUACCGAGUGGAUCGAGAAAACAAAAAAGGCGGUGGUAUAUGUGUAUAUGUAUUGCAAAACUACGAAAGUGUGUUACUAAGCGAAAUCUCGUAUAUAUCUCCCACGGGACUCCAUCAACUUUGGCUAAGAAUUCAGAUUAGGAACUUAAAAUCCAUUGUGGUUUGCACGGUGUAUAGACCUCCUGAUGCCUCCGUGUCUUGUCUAGACUCAGAUCUAAUUACAAGUUACAUCUCAGCUUUAACGCUUUCCCAUCCAAUAUACAUACUGGGGGACCUAAACUGCAAUCUUUUGAAAACUGACAACCGUGACGCCAAAGCUCUUAAUACGUUCUGCCAUUCUUACAAUUUAACUCAACUUAUCAACUCACCAACCCGAGUUACUGAAGGUUCCAAAUCGCUAUUAGACGUGAUUAUUGUUUCUGAGACAAAACAAGUCCAAAAAGCAGGAGUUAUGGAAAGUUCAAUCAGUGACCAUGAUUUAGUUUACGUUGCACUUCGCCUCAAAAAGGCACGCACAAAACCUGUUUUUAUUACAACAAGGAGUUUUAAACACUUCAACUCCCAAGCAUUCAACAAUGAUGUGGCCCUAGCGCCAUGGUCUAUAGUAGAUGCUUUUGACGAUGUUGAGGACAAAUUACAAGCUUUCAACUCAUUGUUUAUAGAUAUACUUGAUAAACACGCACCGAUAAAAACGUUUAAAAUCAGAGGUCGACCUAACCCAUGUGUAACUGAGAACAUUCGGGAACUGAUGAAGACUAGAGACAGUGGAGAAAGAGAGCUAAGGAAACGAACGACCCUGAAGCUUGGAUUGAGUAUAAAAACCUGAAACACAAAGUAAGAUCUGAAAUCAGACUGGCUGAGCGUGAAUUUAUAAAGGAUCAAAUUAACAAGAAUCCAAAUAACACCAACAACAUCUGGAAAGCUAUUCGCCUUUGUAUCCCUAACAAGUCAUCCUCUCAAACGAUCUUUAGUAAAGAUGACAAAACUGUAGCGAAUGAUUUCAACCAGUUUUUUGUUUCUGUUGGUCAAAACACAGUUGAGGACAUUAAAUUGCUGGCAAACGAAUGUGGUUAUCGACGCGAUGUGUCCUUUAUUCCGAGACAAUACCCAUUGUCAGAACAGUUUUCAUUUAGAACUACUGACAGUGAAGAAAUUAGUCAAAUUAUAAGCUCAAUGUCUUCCAAUAAAGCCCCAGGAAUUGAUCAAAUUCCCAUUCGCGUAAUAAAAGACUGUCUGACAUCUAUACUGCCUACACUUACAUCUAUUGUUAAUUCCUCACUAGUUACUUCUACCUUUCCCACUGUUUGGAAAAUAGCAGAAGUAACACCCAUUCCUAAAGAUGGAGAUCAUGAACAAGCGAUCAAUAAUAGACCUAUUUCAUUAUUACCUGUAUUGUCGAAAGUCUGCGAACGAGCUGCCUAUAAUCAGCUUUCUUCCUAUUUAUUAGAAAAGGAAAGAUUAACGCAACACCAGAGUGGAAAUAAGAAAUGGCACUCCACCGAAACUUCUGUUAUUCAAACUACAGAUGCCAUCCUCAAUGCCAUAGACAAAAAGAAGCUUACUGCUACAGUCUUUUUGGACAUGAGCAAGGCGUUCGACAGCAUUGAUCAUGAAUUAUUAAUAUCUAAAUUGGAAGAUGUUGGAGUCUCCAAUAUGACACUUCUUUGGUUUCGCAGUUAUCUUUCAAACAGAAAACAAGUUGUAAAGAUCCACUCAACUAAAUCAGAACUUCUUCCUGUGGUCAGUGGUGUACCCCAGGGAAGCAUUCUCGGCCCUCUUUUGUUUAGCAUAUAUGUUAAUGACUUGCCAUCCGUUCCAGAGAAAUGUAAAUCUAACAGUUAUGUGGACGACACAAAACUUAGCGUUUCCUUCCAUCUACAAAACAAGCAAGGUGCCAUUGAAGAUAUGAAUGAGGAUCUUUUGAAAGUGCGAAACUGGUGUUUCAACAACCUUCUCUUAUUAAAUCCAAAAAAGACAAAGCUCAUGGUUUUCGGAAGUAGACACAAAUUAGCGGACCUAAAUGAGUUUAGCCUAUCCCUACUUGGGAAAAAUAUAUUCCCUUCCGAAACAGUGAAAGAUCUAGGAGUUACUCUUGACCCUCUCCUUUCUUAUGACGAACACAUAACUAAGACGAUCUCUUCGUGUAUGUCCCGCCUCGGUCAGAUAAAUCGUGUUAAGCAUGUACUGGACAGGCAAACACUUAUCACUGUAAUAAACGCUCUUGUCUUCAGCAAGUUAUUUUACUGUUCGAAUGUUUGGGCCAAUACAACUGGCAAAAACAUAAACAAAUUACAAUCUGUACAGAACUUUGCCUGUCGUAUCGUUAGCGGAGCACGAAAGUAUGAUCAUGUUACACCACUUUUAAAAGAAUUAAGAUGGCUUCCUGUGGCAACUCAGUUGUACUAUCGUAGCGCCACUAUGGCUUUUAAGUGCAUGACGGGCUGUGUCCCAGCUUAUAUUUCAUCCCAAUUUAUAAAGCGUCAGGAAGUAUCUAACCAUUAUACUAGGAAUUCACAACAACUUAAUAUUCCGUUAUUUAAAACGGCAACAGGUCAACGGACAUUUUAUUACAAGAUUGUUAGUCUAUGGAAUUCUUUAGACUCUUCUUUAAAACUUUGUGAAUCAGUUGAUUCUUUUAAACGUCGUUUGAAGACGAAGUUAUUGCAUGAGUUUUUGAGCAACUAG